AUGGCAGCGAUUCCAGUCAUCGAGUCAGAAGUAGAUUUCCACGUCGAGGGAGCUGGAAAACCAUGUAAGACAUGGUAUACGAUUUUUGGAAUUUUACCCUCACCGGACGGCGUACGCCCCCUCGUCAUCAUGCAUGGAGGACCCGGUGUCCCGCAUGAUGUUCUCCGCCCAUUGCAAAACCUUUGGCGUACUCACAGGAUUCCCGUAAUCAUGUAUGACCAGCUUGGUUGUGGACGCUCAACUCAUCUACCAGAAAAGCUUGGAGAUGGGAGCUUCUGGACUGUGCAGCUCUUCAUUUUGGAGCUCGACAACCUUCUUGGCCACCUGGGAGUUCAAGAUGAUUAUGACAUUCUAGGUCAAUCUUGGGGAGGGUGCCUCGCAGCUGAACAUGCGGUGCUCCACCCACAAGGUUUAAGGAGACUAGUUCUAUCGAGUUCACCUGCCAGUAAGCCUGACCUAAUGUUAGCGUCCCAAAAGCUCCGAGACCAGCUCCCAUCAGACAUCCAAGAGGCUCUCAUUAAGAAUGAAGAUGCAGGAACCCUUGAUGACCCACAGUACAAGCAAGCGAAGAUGUUCUAUUUCAGUCAGCAUCUGUGCCGCUUAAAACCUUUUCCAGAUGUUUUAAUGGCAUCAUUAAAGGGCCUCAUUGAAAAAACACUAAGUUGGAAAACCAGGAAUGGACCAUAUCUAUUCAAGCGCACAGGAUCCACAAAAGAUUGGUCUAUCAAAGAUAGAGUCCAUGAAAUCAGCGUGCCUACUCUACUACUUAAUGGGUACUAUGACCCAACCACGGAUAGCACCAUGGAGCCUUUCUUCAAGGGAAUCAAAAAUAAAGUUGAAAGAGUCAAGUUCGAACAUUCAGGUCAUUUCGCACAUCUUGAGGAGCCGGAGGCGUAUCUGCAAGUCGUGGGAGACUUUUUGAUCAAAAACGGGUCUAAGGUGGAAUGA